UCUCUCUCUUCUGCGUUUUUUUUUUAUUUAGGUCAAGUUGGCCAUUUCUUUAGUGUAAAAACACGCUAACAACACUAAUUGACUGGAAAAAGCAGUGAAAGGGGAGUAGAUCUAGAGAGGCAAGAAGCCAAGAAAAGAAAAAAACACGAGGUGGGUGUUCGUGGGAAUCGGUUCUUGUGGGGUGCCAAGCACAGAAUCGGCUUUGGUUGCGGAAAUUUCUGCGGGACUCCUCGAGAAGCCCAAGAAAUGCCACGCCCUUAUUUCUACAAGCUGGUGCUCUCCUCCACAAUCCAAGACAAGAGGCUGAGAAUCCCAGAAAAUUUUGUCAAGAAAUUCAGAGAUGAGCUUUCUUCUGUUGCGACUUUGAACGUUCCUGAUGGUCAUGUCUGGCACGUUGGAAUCAGAAAAAGUGAAAGCAAGUUAUGGUUUCAUGAAGGUUGGCAAGAGUUUGUGGAUCACUACUCCAUUGGUAUUGGAUACUUUUUGGUCUUCAGAUACGAGGGCGGCACAACCUUUCAAGUGUUUAUUUACAAUUUAACAACAUCUGAGAUUAAUUAUCAUUCCAAUGGCCGCGUUCCUUCCGAAAUGCCUCAUCACAGCAGGCAGUACCAUGUUUUCAAAGAUAUGGAAGAUGAUGAUGCUGUCGACAUAUCCAGUUCCUCAACAUAUUACGCUUCUGGUGAUUCUUUGAAAAGGAAGGCUGCCAAUAGUACUGUGGAUCAACUGACUUUAAGCAGGGGUUAUAACCCAAUGCACUUGCAGAAUUUGUUCAACGGGACCGUGCAUCAGCAAAAAGGUGCUGUCAACUCACAUGCAGGCAUGCGGCCUAUUGAAGAUAUUGUCAUUCAAGCUGGUGGGAUCAAGUUCAAAACUGAAGAUGAAGUGAAAGUGCAGAGCACAGAUCAAUCAACGCGGAAAGUCAAGAAAAGCUCUAAGAAAAAGCGGAAGAAUGAUCCUAAUGAGCCAAUGCCAUCUGCUCUACAAGAAGAGGAUGGUGAAAUGCGGUUUCGGUUUUAUGCCAGUGCUUCCACGAGGAAGCGACUUGUAACGGCUGAAGAGAGGGAAAAGGCCAUUAAUGCAGCUAAAAUGUUUGAGCCUCCUAAUCCUUUCUGCAGAGUAGUCUUGCGUCCAUCCUACCUAUAUCGCGGUUGUAUCAUGUAUCUGCCAUCCUGCUUUGCUGAAAAGCAUCUCAAUGGGGUCUCGGGAUUUAUUAAGCUCCAGAGUACUGAUGGCAAACAGUGGCCUGUUCGAUGCCUUUAUAGAGGUGGUAGAGCCAAACUAAGCCAGGGGUGGUAUGACUUUUCUUUGGAGAACAAUUUGGAGGAAGGCGAUGUUUGUGUUUUCGAGCUGAUGAGGGCUAGAGAGGUGCUGUUACAGGUCACUGUCUUCCGUGUCGUAGAAGAAGGUGGUCUGUUGAGCCAUCAUGGACGGUAACAUCCAGGGGGUCUAAUCUAACUAGAAUCGAAAAUGUUGUACUUUCCAGAUGGUAGUUUCUUUCGGUUAACUGUUUUGUCUCGGUCAGUGAUAUGGUUUUUCUUAUUUUCCCUUGUGUGGAGGUGGGUUGCAAUUUAGUGUCCAUAUGCUCUUCGGUACAACUUAGUGGAACCUUUUGUUAGAAGCUUCAAGUCACAUUCUCUCUCCCCGUGUUUUGGUAAUUUCCCUCUUUCUUCGGUCACCAUCGUGUCACGGCUAGGGCUGUAAAUAUUGUUAAUUUAAGUUGGUAAUGAAGUGGGCCGAGCUUCUGUCCUUGUUCAUUA